CUAGUAUGCAUCGGUUUGUACACAUGUAGCUACUAACUAAAUCUUUCUCAAUAUAAAAAAGAUGCGUCGCCUAAAGUGAUACGGAUGCCUUACCAAUUUGGUCGCCGUAAUAUAGUAUAUAAUCUUUAAAUCCUGACCUUCGCUUGUAAUUCACCAAGCCGUUUUACCCUAAAAUCAUUAAAAACAUUACUUCGUACAAUUACAUGCGAUACAUGUAACCUAGUACAAUACCUAUCAUUCAUACAUACCCUCCUUCAGGGCUUCUUAUACAUAAAAAGUCCCAAUAAGGAACCCCCCAUCACAAUAACAACUACAAUUCAUUUUCACCAAUAAACACUCUUCAUGAUGGAUGACCACAUCAUGGAUUCUCAAAAUGAAGACUACGGCGAAAUUCGCCCGGCAUUUUAUAUUGGCCAACAUGAUUCAACGAGAACGGAUACACUGAACGAUCUACAAUAUGGCCAAAUUCUGAACGCUGGUUUCAGUUUUGUAACAUCGCCAAUCACCAAUGAGCACUUUCAUCAGCGUGUGGAGAAGCUUCUCAAAGCUAGUCUCUUGGAUGCUCAGAACAAUGAGCGCGCUGGCUCUAUUCCUGUUCCAGUCCUGCCGCCUUUGACUAUCAAGGACACGACGCUGUUCCCUGGCACAUAUACGAGUGGGCUAAUUGCCUAUUCUUCCCCUUGGAUUGACCUAUGCUCGCCGAACCAUGUGAUCUCCAGCAUUUCAAGACAAGUUUUGAACGUGGAAAUCUCUUAUGCCAAUUUCUGUGGCGUACGAACUAUUAUAGUCCCUGGACCGAGACAGGAUUCGAUCAAGAUUGGCAAUGGCCAAGGUGUUUCGCAGUAUGCUCGAGCCAUACAUGAGAUCCUUUCAAUCGGAAGCAGAGUCAGCAUUAUGAUCCACCUUCCUAUGUAUCGCGAGCCCGGUUUGGAAGAGAAAGUACCGCUCUUGGGUUCAACUGAAGGCAGCGAUAAAGAGGCAGGGGCAGGGGCAGAGGGAGAGUCGGACCAGGAAGAAAUUGAUUUGUUCAGCUCGUGGGAUUCGUGGAACACUAUUCGUUCAAUCUGCGACUACGAUCCUAAGCUCUUCGUCGCUCUCAGAAUUCCACGAGUCCUUCCUGAGAAGCAACUCCAGACGAGAUGGUUUUCUGAGCCCCUUCAGUAUCUUACCUUGAGUGCUCACGUGUUCCAAAUGAACAGAUCAGACGCCCCUGCCCUCAGCCGCCGGCACCAGGACCUGAUUUUCACAUACAUGCGCUUGAAGAAUGCGCCUUACUUCCUGCUAAGCGACGUCUGCCCCGAGCUACCUACCGAAGCUGCCUCCGUCCCGGAUCCAUCUUCAACAACAGACUUCCCAAGCUUGGCGCAAGCAACUGCUAAUACUGCCCAAGGCACGACGAGAAACCCCAACGCCAAAUCACACACGACGACGAACAUCUAUGUCUCGUAUCUGAAACACCUCGAGAAGAAGCAAGAGCCUUUCAGCGACCUGGAGCAGAAUACAUUGACUAACUUCCAGGACUGGCUACAAUCGCCCUUACAACCGCUCUCGGACAACCUCGAGUCUGUCACCUACGAGGUAUUCGAGGGCGACCCCGUCAAAUACUACCAGUACGAAGCAGCCAUCGCAGCGGCACUCCGAGACUGGGCUGCGCAAGGCAAAGCCACCUCUUCUCCUGGCGGCGAAGUUGUCAUUGCCGUGGCAGGAUCAGGCCGCGGCCCCCUAGUCACCCGCGCCUUACGCGCCAGCGAAUCCACUGGCGUCCCCGUGCGCGUCUGGGCCGUAGAGAAGAACCCGAACGCGUACGUCUACCUCCUCCGCCAGAACCAGCGCGAAUGGAACGGCCGCGUAAUAGUCGUCAAGACAGACAUGCGCGCCUGGAAAGGCCCCCUGAUCUCCUCCGAUCCCGAUCACCCCGUCUACGGCAAGGUGGACAUUUUAGUAUCAGAGCUCCUCGGCUCCUUCGGCGACAACGAGCUUAGUCCCGAGUGUCUCGACGGCAUCCAGCACGUCCUCGCCCCCGGCCACGGCAUCUCGAUCCCAGCCUCGUACACCGCGCACGUGAGCCCGAUCUCCACGCCCCGCAUCCACGCGGACAUCGCCCAGCGCUUCGCCUCCGCCGACACCGCCGCCUUCAACACACCCUGGGUCGUGCGCCUCUUCGCCGUCGACUUCGUCGCCGAGCGCGGCGUCCCGGACCACCCGCGCUUCCAACAAGCAUGGGAGUUCGCGCACCCGCUGCCCGCAUCCACUUUACAAGCCGUAGAAGCGCGACGCGCUGGCGGCGUGGCUGGCGGUGGCGGCGGCAGCAUGGCGGGCUCGGUCGGCGCCAACGACCACAACGCGCGGCACUGCCAUCUGACGUUCGUGUGCCGCAGCCGCGGCGUCGUGCACGGGCUCGCGGGAUACUUUGAGGCGGUGCUGUAUGCGCCCACCGCGAGAAAGAACGGGGAAAGGGAGGAGGUGGCGGAGGAGGGCGAAGAGUACGAGGACAAGGAGGCGGAUGAGAAGGUCGAGCUGAGCAUCCUGCCCGACAUGAUUGAUCGCAAGAGCAAGGAUAUGAUUUCCUGGUUUCCGAUCUUUUUUCCCUUGAAGGAGCCUCUCUACUUUCCCCCCGACACCGAGCUGGAAGUCAGCAUGUGGCGCCAGACGGACGACGCCAAGGUGUGGUACGAGUGGAUCGUCGAGGCGUACAUGUGGAUUGGGCCCUCGCAGCGCGUCAAGGUCGGCGGCUCGGGGCUGUGCAGUAGUCGCAAGAUGGCCUGCUUGCUAUGAUUCACCCAACCUUAUGUACAUGAUACCGGGGGGCGGUGACGAUGCGGUACGAUUUGAGGGAAGGUUAGGAAAGGCAGGCAGGCAGGCAGACAGGCAGGAAGGAAGGGGGAUUUGGGAGGAAAAAGCAUUUGCAUUUGAAAUUCCUUAGUUCUCCAGGGCUCUUUUUGAACCGUUAUGUGACCACCCACUCAAAAAGUUCAGGGCUAUUGUGUGGAUAGGUAGAUUAAUAUGUU